AUGCCUCCCUCUGCGACUCUCUCAACCAAGAUCAAGGUGCAGCUGAAGCUCUCCAUCGCACGUCUGCGAAUGGUUCAGCAACGCGAUGAAGCCCUCUCAAAGACCUCACGGCGGGCCAUGGCACAGUUACUAGAGGUUGGGAAGAUAGAUUCGGCCAAGAUUCGCGUGGAGAACAUUAUCCGGUCCGAUAUUACCAUUGAGCUAUACGAAAUCCUCGAGCUAUAUUGCGAGCUCCUGCUUGCGCGCGCCGGAUUGCUGGACUCGCCCACCUGCGACCCGGGCUUGGAAGAGGCUGUCAAGAGUAUUAUAUAUGCUGCGCCCAAGACCGAGAUCAAGGAGCUGCACCAAGUUCGGGCGCUCCUUGCCGAGAAGUUUGGCAAAGAGUUUGCUUUGGCCGCCAUUGACAACACUGACGGCAAAGUGUCCGAAAAGGUUGUGAAGAAACUGAGUGUGACGCCUCCGAGAGAAGAACUUGUACAGGGCUACCUAGAGGAAAUCGCCAGGGCAUAUGGUGUCGACUGGCCCAAGAAGCCCAGGGACCUCGGAGAACCACCAGCAUUUAUAGAUGACGACGAUGACGACGAUACUCCUAGUGGUGGACAGGCGCAGAAAAUUAUCGAGCCAGAACUCCCUGCCGACAGCAGAGAGGCCCAAGAACGAGAGGAUCUCAGCAGGGCAACGCCUCCACGGAACCUUGAUAACCCUCUCCAUAUCACACCGUCGAGUCCAUCGUCUGAGAACCCUAGACCCAAGGUCACUCUUAAUCAUAUGGAGCUGAAACCCAGCAAAAAGAUGCAAGAUGCUGGACUUGCCAAGAAGAGGGGAGACAAGAGCGAUGGACCUGGUGGCAGUGUCCCAGACGUUAGUGAGCUGGCGGCAAGAUUUGCAGCUCUCAAACGGUGA